AUGUACACCACGAGACCAUUAUCUCUCUACAAGAAAUCCCCGGAAGCCAUUUCAAUACCUCCAGAAGGUCCGAAUUCAGGUUACUUGGUAAUUCAAGAUGAAGAGUCCACACCAACUUCGUGUUUCGGAUUGUGCAAAGACCCGUCCAUCAAUGAUCUGCCCUUCCCUCAAAACAAGCGUCUCUCCAUUGAAUUUGAAGUACCGAUGCAAGAUCAAGCUGCCAGCUACCAUAGUUAUGAUGAGGUUUACUUGAUUCCUAUCAUCAACCAGCCACUCUCAUCUCACCGAUAUUAUGCAAUCAAAGCAAAUGGGAAACGUAAAGGAGAAGCAUAUGCAAGCUCCAAAGAAGAAGAUAAGGGUACCUGUUGUUUCUGCUUCCCAUGGAUCCGGGACCUAAAACCAAGACCCUUUGAUCCAGAGGACAUUUAUCAACAAUUUGAAUUCUCUGUAACAAAAACAUUCCUCAGCGGCAACAUGCUCUUAGCUAAAUCUGUAGCAUCUGAUGGUCACCCUCCACAAUUCAUGCGCAGAAAAGGAUGGCAAAUGAACACCAAGUCUCUAAAAAAUUCCACCCUGCAAGAAGCUCGAGGUCUUGACUCUUCUCUUCGAGCUCAUCUUCCAGACUUCAAUUUCCCGGUAUCUCAAGAAUGUUCCAAGUCUGUCAUAGUUGGUAAGUGGUGCUGCCCUUUCAUGUUCAUCAAAGAAGGAAGAGAGAAGGAUCAAAUCAAGAAGUCUGUGUUCUAUGAGAUGACACUUCAGCAACGAUGGGAGCGGAUUUUUGCUGCUGAUCGGAGGACUUACGGUCAGAAGAAGUUAGUGACAGUAGAUGUGGUGGUUCCAACUGAAAUGGUAAGAAUUGCAGGUCAGGAAGCUAAGAAAGAAAAGAGAAACGAUGACAAAGGUGUGGUGUGGUUCAAUGGAAGCGGAACGAAAGAACAUGUGGGGUUAAGUUCACUAAUUAUACAAAGAAUGAUGUAUGAAGAAGAAAGAUCAGGAUGGGUUAAAGCAAAAGAGAAGCAGUUCAGGGUGAUUAAAGAUGAGAAAUAUGCAGGGAGAGGAGAGUGGAGAAAUUUUGGUUGUUAUUUGCUUGUUGAAACUUUUGUUCUGAAGAGGAAUGAUGGGAGUAUUGUGCUAACAUAUGACUUCAGGCAUACUCAUCAAAUAAGAAAUAAAUGGGAAUCAGGAUAUCAAUGAGUUGUAAAUUAUUGCAUUCAUGCGUUUGAGAAAAUAAGAGUUCUAAUAAGUAUUUAUAGCUUGAA